AUGGGCCGUGAGGGUCCACCACGUUUCUCGGCGCUCCUAUUGCCCGGCCGAGACGGUGGGCCAGUGUUGUGGGCCCCGAGUGCCGGCGGUUUCAUCCCGAUGAACAAGCGUUGUCAACAAAAAGCCCUCACCAUGGACCCGGGCCACGCCUUUUUCGAAUCGAGCAAUGGUGUCGCGUGCGUGCUGUACCCAGAUGAUGGGGAUCGUCUUUUGGAUCUGGAGCAAGCGGAAGAUGGUUUGCGGGUGUUCAGCCGUAUGUGCGUCCCGACAGCACCACAAAUGGCAAUCGUCGGUUGGGAUACCCCUUCAAUCUUUACGGGUUGGAUGGGGAGGGUCGAGAUCAGCCAAGAAUUGCUCGAAACAAUCUGGGCGCGCCCGGACUUUGCCGUAAAUCAAGUGUGGGAGGGCUGGUUGACGUGG